UUUGCAUCCAGUUUAUAGAAAUUUAUCUGAAAGAUUGUUUCGAUCAAAAAAGGAAAGAAAAAAUAAUGUUUGCACAUAAACUAUUUAAAGGUUCAAAAUCAGGACCACAAAGUUUUAUUACGGAUUCCAAUUAUUGUAUUACUGAUCAUGGAUACGGGAAGGAUGCUGUAAAAUUAUUGCAUGUCCUUCGAAAUGGACCUGCUCAUUCGAUUAAGGAAUUCGAAAUUGGAACACAUCUUAAGCUGGACACACAAAAGGAUUAUUUAAAAGGUGACAACUCAGAUAUUGUCGCAACAGAUUCUCAGAAAAACACCAUUUACCUGUUGGCUAAGAAACAUGGCAUACAAAACCCGGAGGAGUUCGCCAUACUCCUGAGUAAGCAUUUCCUUAGCAAAUAUUCACACGUCAAUGAGGUGCAUGUUCAUGUGGAGGAGUAUCCUUGGCAGCGCAUUUGCCAGGAAGAAACUGGCUGCAUGGAACCACCAGGAACAACAAACAGUAAUUUCAGUUCGUUCAAUAACAGGCAAAAGCACAACCAUGCCUUCGUCUUCACACCAACUGCCUUGAGAUAUUGUGAUGUUGUUUGUAGCCGUGAUGCUGCUUCACCUACCGUCAUCAGUGGUCUAAAGGGACUUCGUGUGCUCAAGACGACACAAUCGUCAUUUGUUAAUUUCGUUAACGACGAGUAUCGUUCACUUCCGGAUCAGUAUGAUAGAAUCUUCAGCACCGUUGUGGACUCGAGUUGGGAGUAUUCGAAAACGGAGAAUUUGAAAUUCUGCAAUGUUUGGAAUAUUGUUAGGAAUGUGAUUAUCAAGAAUUUUGCUGGAGAUCCAUAUGUUGGAGUGACAUCACCAAGUGUACAGCACACAUUGUAUUUGGCUGAAAAAGAGGUCCUUGAUAUGGUUCCACAGAUUUCAGCGAUAUCAAUGACAAUGCCUAAUAAACACUAUUUUAACUUCGAUACAAAACCCUUCCAAGGACUGGUGCCAGGAGAAAACAAUGAAGUAUUCAUUCCAGUGGACAAACCACAUGGAACAAUUUAUGCCCAGCUUGAGCGUAAAGAUAUGCAAAGUAAAUUAUGAGAUGAUUUUUGAGAAAUCAUCUCCCAGUAGUUGCCAGAAAACCUUUUAUGUGUUAUUAUUAUUUAUAGAAUUAUUUUAAUUAUGUGGAAAUGUGAUAUCCAAAAAUCCAAGAAAUAAAGAUUAGAUUUCGAAGAAAA